AUGCAGCCGCCAAGCUGGCAUCAAAAUCAACAAUCAACUGCCAUAUCUCAUCAAAACUAUACCGGCGAAUCUACAAAUCAAUUCGCGCCCAACCAGUUUCAACAGCCCUAUCCGCCUUACCCGCCUUACAACGAUGCGCAGGCCCUUCACGCUCCCCGGCCUUCCCAACAGCAACAGCAAUAUGGGAUGUUGGCACCGGAUAAUCGAAUUAACACGCCAGCCACCAUCUCCACUGCAACAAGUGGUUCCUCUCAUGUUCUCAUCGACUUCGAUGAAACCCCCCAGUCCCAUGCUGAUUUGGACCCAAGCAAGAAAGGUCCGAAUACCGCGGAUCAUGAGCAGGAAUCCCCGAAACAAGGCUUCGGAGGACCUGGAACUGCCCCGCCCUUGCCAGACCGUGCUAAUGUUGCGGGUGCUGUUCGUGGUGCCGUGUCUCAACCCACCACCGAACCGGAAUCCAACCGACAACAAGAACAGAAGCUGGAGACAUAUGCGAUAAGACAUAUUAAUUGGACAGAUUUUACGGGGAAGCUGCGAGACUCCCCGGUGUUAUCUCAAAAUAAAAACGGCCCUUGUCCGUUACUUGCACUGGUCAAUGCCUUGGUACUUCGCGCAAACCCAGCAACCCAGCCGCCUAUCGUUAGAGCGCUCCAAACAAGAGAGCAAAUAUCUCUAGGGCUUUUGAUCGAAGCAUUGUUUGACGAACUUACCACAUGUUUGGGCCCUGAUGAUGAACUCCCGGACAUCGAGGCACUUAGUCGUUUUUUGACUAUGUUGCACACAGGCAUGAAUGUCAACCCACGCCUGACGUUGGAAUCCCAACACUCCGUUGGUACAUUUUUGCGGACUGAUGACAUCAAACUUUAUGGCACUUUUGGCGUGCCAUUGGUUCAUGGUUGGAUUGCUGCCCCAUUGAGUGAUGCUGAUGCUGCAUUGGCUCGUGUGUCCCCAUAUCACGAAGACAUUCAAUUGCUUCAUUUUCGUAAACAAGAUCUCGAAGACUGUGUCAUUCGAGGAGGGUCUCUGUCAGCACAGGAAGAGCAAGAAAUGAAUGAUAUCCAGGCUAUCCAACAGUUUACCGACAUUGACAAUGCAACUCAACUGAGCUCAUUUGGACUGGGCCAUCUAGCGGAGAAGUUACCUCCAGGCUCGUUUUCGAUCCUGUUUCGAAACGAUCAUUUCACAACUCUUUACAAACACCCGCAGUCCAACCAACUAUUUACUUUGGUGACGGAUGCGGGCUACUCCAACUACGCCGAAGUUGUAUGGGAAAGUCUUGUGGACGUCAAUGGAUCUGGCGCUGGCUUUUUUGCAGGUGACUUCCGACCUGUCGGGCACACUCCUGCCCCUGAAACCUCGGAUCCAUCUGGCCCAAGAACAUCCAGCAACAUCCAAGGCUCCUCAGCCCCAAGCGAGCAUCCAAACACCACACUCUCUGCUCAAGAACAAGCCGAUGCGGACUAUGCUUACGCACUAUCUCUCCAGUAUCAGGAGGAAGAGCGACGAGAAAGCGCCGGGAACAACCGUGACAGCAACCAACAAAGCUCAGGUUCUACUCCUGCUCUCAGCCAAUCGCAACGAUCGUCUGCAAACAUUCGCUCCUCCGGGUUCACUAAUGAUACUCCUCAUACCUCCUAUUCAGGAAACCGCUCCUCCCGCCAAAGCCUACCUCCUAGGCGAAACUCGCAGUAUCGACCUGAAAGCCACCGCAUGACGAAUAACGAAGCCGAUGACGCACCCCCUCCUACAUAUGAGCAAUCUGCCCAUAGCCCGAUCUACACGGGCCCUCCAAGCGGCCCGAAUGCCUCGGAAAAUCUUCACUCAAAUCAAUAUCCUAGAAGUCCACUGGGACGACGACAUCCUGGAGGCUCGAUCUCGGUAGGGCCGUCAGAUCGCAUUAGGGAACGGAACAAGGACUGCAUUAUCAUGUGA